UUUAUCCACCUCCGAUACGUGGAUAUCAGCGGUAACCAACUUACAGACAUCUCAUCCAUCAACUCACUCACUCAUCUACUGACUCUAAAGUGUGACCGCAACAAACUACCUUCAGCUAAAUUAGACGAGCUUCCUUAUCUACAAAUUGCAAGUUUUGCUAAUAAUAAGAUAAUGGACACUGAGGGAAUAAGCCAUCCUCUGCUGGAACAUCUCAACCUUUCCUGUAAGCAUUUAUAUCCUAAAUAUUGGAAGGUCAAAAGUACAUCUAUUUGUAAAUGUAUUGUACUGAUUCCAGAGAACCCAGUAUCAGAUGAAGACGACUAUCGUAUAGAAGUAUUGAUYACUUUACGAAGACUCGAGAGACUCGACAAAGAUGAAUACACAGAUGACGAGAGACAAGAAGCAGAGGAGAUUUACGAGCAAAGACGACAAGAAGAAGCUGCUGCGCAAGGAACACAAGAAAUCAUUCAGACUGACGAGGAUGACUGACCGGGUUACCUGUCUAGUUAUAAUCCGCGCUACGGUGCACUGGUUUAGUCCUGGUUUGAGAUGAUAGUACGACACUAUCUGUCCCUUUAUAUCAAUUAUUGUAAAUAGAUUCCAUUGUAUUAAAUCUUUGAUUGAUCAUA